AUGUUCUGUCUCCGCGCCAGGGCCGUGCCCUCAACCUUCCGGGCCACCACAUCGGCCAUGCGAACCCCGAUGAACAGAUUCGCUCAAAUCCCCCAACAACCAAGCACACCCUCCACAAUGCUCUCAUCCCGAUCCUUCUCCUCCCUCCUCUCCACGCCAACCCGCUUCCAACCCUCGCGGACACUCGGUGCCCGCCUGUCCUCGCCAAUCACAACCGCAACCGCCUCCGCCUUCUCACCCUUAUCCUCACUUCUCUCCCAGAAGACUCCCUCGCAGUCCCGCUCGUUCUCCGCAAGUGCUUCCCUAGGCGUGCGACGUGUGACGUUCCGUCCGUCACGACGGGUCCAGAAGCGCCGCCAUGGAUAUCUGGCACGCAAGAAGGACAGGAAUGGACGUAAGACUCUUAUUCGGAGGACUCUUAAGGGUCGGAAGGAGUUGAGUUGGUAA